UUUCACCCACGGCUCGCGUCCGCCCUCCGCUCGCGCGUUAACGGUUACUGGGGCGGCUGACGCCUGCGCUUCGUCGUCAAUGGAGCGAGCGGGCGGCGGCGGCAGCGGCGGCAACCUGGUUGGUGGCUCGGGCCUGCGUGUGGACCCGCUGUACCUAGGAGUGUGCACCGGCUCCUGAUCUGUGUGCGUUUGGCCUGCUUGAAAAAACUGCCCCCAGUAAAGGUUACAAUGCAUGGAAUGGAAUGAGGCAACUGAUGAAACUGUGAUGAUAGAAUGAAGGAAAGCAAUGUCGAAAUUCCUGGGUGCUCUUACUCUUAGGUAGACCCAAGGAACUGCAGUUGCUGGUUUAAGACUAGGUUUCUCUGACAAAUAUCACGUAAAUAAUGGUAAUCAUUUACUCUAGGUUUUAAAUUUGUCGCCUGAAAGUAGUGCAGAUUAAAAAUUCUGACAGAUUGAUCAAGUUUUUAUCCUUUUUGUUUGGUUUCGUGCCUCUACAGAUAUUAUGACAUCAGAAAAUGCUAGAAAUUACCCACUUUGUAGGGUGGCAUCUGAGGUAGUGCUGCUGCCUGUAGAUCCCUGGUGGUUGGAAGGUCAAUACCCACGAUGGACUGGGCAAAGUCCACAAAAAAUUGUAAUUAUCGUGUAUUAAAGAAAUAUUGAAAAUAGUAAUUUAACUUUAAAUCUCUGGGUGGCACAGGUGAGUUCACACAGUGGCAUUUUAGGAAGUGACAUUGCUGACAAACAAACACAGAAAUUGUGGGUAACACCAUGGUGUUUCUUCAGAGUAAUGCCAUGGAGUCUUUGGUAUUCACUUGAGUUCUACAUUGGAGUGUUAGCCGAGGUAUUUAUGCUCAAGUCUUGAAAGUCAGAUCUUUAAUUGUGAAAUUAGAGUGCUAAAAAUUGAGCAACAGCUGAAAACAUCUCUAACUGCUGCUCCUCAACCCAAAAUCUAGAAUUGUCACAUGAUUGCACAAAAGUCUACAAAAUGUGACAGUGCACCUUCAGAUAGAUUGAGCUUCACUGAGGCAUUGUGAUAGUGAGUAUGGCCGCCACCAAAGAUUAUGGCCGCCACCAUGUUAUCCCCACUUCCCCACCAUAUGCACUUGAUGGUGAUACUGUGAACAACGUCAGUAAAAGAUUGCUUGAAAUUAUCGAAUGCACAUGACCAUUAAGUCAGUUUUCCAACAGACAAUUAGUCCUGUCAUUGGGCAAUUGAGAGGUCUCAUCUUUGACCGUGUAUACUGGGGUUCCAAUGACUUCCACCAUUUCUACUAGGUGAUAUCUGUAGAUCUACCUAUCUACUUCCUAACCUCUACCUCAGUUUUUGAUGGAAAUAAGAGGCCUGGUGAUCAAAAUGGAACAAAGCUAUUUUUGAGAGUGACAAUGCAGGAGAGUAGAAUUAUUAAACAGACAUGAUGGCUUGGUUUGGUGAAGCAAGAAUGUAUGGACACAAGUAUAGGUACAUUUGCCAGUUCAGUGAUGUGAAGAGUGAUGUAGUGGAGGAUUGAAUAGACAGAGUGAUGUUCACAUCAACAUUUAAAUGAAAUUAACACUGAAUUUUAACUUUGUUUUGUAGUCAUCUGUUUUAUCAAUGGAGACAAUCAAACACAGCGAAGAGAUGCUGAGGACAGCCCUAAUUUCUAAUCAUAAGGACUUUAUUGACAUGUAUCAGAAGUACACUCCAAAUUUGAAAAGGUUCCUCGAAGAAGCAUUUAAGGCAAACAGUAUUCUUUUCAAACCCAUUGAGUCACAAUCAAAGUCUGAUUGGAUCCUAAGCCAUCCUGAACCAAAGCAAGAUUUCUACACAUAUUACACCAACUUGCACAGAAAGACACCAGUUCCUGGGAAAAAUAUUAUUUGCAUUCAGAUCAUUGGUUCAUUUGGUGACUCGGAGACAACAACUAAUACACACAUACAUUGGUUAAAGGAAUACUGUGAAGCAUUUUUCUUUGGGCUGAAAGUCAAAUUCCGGGAGCCAGUUCCCGUAUCCCACACUGGUUGUAUGUUCCGUAUCAAUAAAUAUUGUGAAAAUCUGCAGAUUCAUACAGGUGAUAUUCUUAAAUACUUGAAGAACAGCAAGCCCAAAGAUGCCUUCUGCAUUGUUUGAAUUACAAUGGUUGAUCUUUAUCCACAAGAUUCCUGGAAUAUUCCACAAGCAUCCCUUACAGAAGGAAUGGGGAUUUUCAGCUUUGCCAGGUACGAUGAUGAUUUUUACACCACGAAUUAUAAGGGAAAGCUGGUAAAGCAGACUGUAGCUUCUGAUGAUUAUUCAGUCUUUGAUGGAUACUACACACCAUCCAUAACAAGCAAGCUGUUGCUAAGAUCAUGCAAGACUUUAACUCAUGAAAUUGGGCACAUUUUUGGCAUGCAGCACUGCCAGUGGCUGCAAUGCAUUAUGCAGGGAUCCAACCAUUUAGAAGAGUCCGAUCGGCGCCCUAUUGACAUAUGCCCUAUAUGCCUACGAAAGCUGCAGUGUGCCAUCAAUGAUAUUAAAGAGAGAUUUAAGGCGUUAUUGAGGUGGAUUGAGGAAGAUUCCAAAUCUGACCCUUUGGUUCAACCCAUGUUAACAUCUCACAAGCCCACUGAAGCAUUUCAAAACUGGAAAGAGUGUCUGCAGCAUUUGGAGGAGUGAAAUUUAAUCAGCUUGAUUCACUGCGAAAUGGCCAGGUAUAAAGUUUUAGACCUCUAUUUAAACUCCACUAAAUUCUUUAUAAUACAAUCACAUGCCGAUUAACUCUUAAAAGUAUGUGCGUAGCAAUCUGUGGUGUGAAUUUGUGGAAUGGUCUGGAACAGGAGAUAAAACUUAGCACAAACAUAAUUCAGUUUAAAAAGAUGUACAAAAACACUUUUUUUAAAGGAUAUUGGGAUUAGGAUAGGUGAUUGUCAGUGGAAUAUUUGUUAUACUGAUUGUAUUGGGAAGGGUGAUUAUAGGGUGAUAGGUUGUAUAUAAGACUAAGAUACUGUAUAGUAUAUGAGGGUUUUUUCUUUUCUUUUUUAUUUUUUUCUCUCUUUCUUGUAUGGCUUUGUAAAUAUUUGAUUAGUGUAUGAAUGUAAAUAAUUAGGUGUACAUAUAGCUGCUGGUGUACAUAUAGCUGCUAAAUUUGUAUAAGAUAAUUAUAAGCAGUUGAAUAAGGGUUGGGAAUUAAUAAGCUUUGGUUUCUUCCUGCUCCUUUUCGGACACAUACGAUUUCAUUUAUUUAUAGAUAUUGUUUAUGACACUUUAUAAAUAUUCUUGUUUUGUUUUUUGUAUGCUGUUUCACACUUGCUUUUUAUUAUUUUAUUCUGUUCGAAAUAAAGAAUUCAAUAAAAUAAAUAAAACUUCAAACUUUAAUAGUAUUGGAGAACAGAUUCAUUUGAAACUAAAAAUGUUGGCAUUAGAUGCUUUAGAAACUCUCUUCUGGGUUUCACAGUGAGUUUUCUUAAAAGUCUGUCAUGAGUUUAUUUUAAAAUAUUGGGUUGACUAGGUCAGGUGGGGAGGAGUUCCCCCCGCCACGGGUACCAUGUAAUCCGAGCUACCUGCUCCAUGGUCGGAUAGUCGGCGACUAAACUGUCUCCCCCACCUGGUUUGCCAGGUGAGGAAGGGGCUGUGGACCCCCAGCAGGACCAAAAACAAGACCUGUCAAAGGGCAGAUGAGCUUCUAGCGAGCCAACGGCCAUCCACACCUCAGUAGAAGUUGCGAUCACUGUCGUACAUAGCAUUGCAAGGUAUUAUGAUAAAGCACACACACCAAAAUCCUAUACUUCCAGCGGCAGAGGUCCGCAGGAACUAGAGGACAGAGACGUGUGGUGCGUCCGUCACCGUUCCCGUCGGAAACCAGUACCACUGUGUCGCUAAUCUUUUCAACGAUGAUGAUGAUGGGUUGCUUUCUGAACAUUUAAUUAGCUAGAUUUAUUUUGUCAACUUUGACAUGGGAGUGAAUACAUUCACGUGGACCCAAUUGUGAACAAGAAAUUGAACAGUUUACUGUCUGAUUUUUGAGCAUUAUGUGGUCGCUAAGUAAGCCCACACACAUUUUAAAUGGUAAAAACAAAGCAGGAGCUAUUUAUCUCAAGUAAGUAGCUUACGUAAUGCCUUCUUGAGGUCCAUGUUGCAAGUUGAUUUGGCCUGAAGCAACAAAGUCGGUUGCUUUAUUAUUCAGAGCAAACAACCCCACCUCAUGUUUGCAAAAUAAACAGUCAAUUGCUUCUGUAAAUUCAGUAGACACUUCUGACCCAACUUCCCUCUUGAUUGCUGUUGCUUUGGCGGUCUUGGGGUUUCUAGUUGCAGCUGAAAACCCCAUAACUUGUUAUGUCGAUCCACCUUGAAACAUACAACUCAGAUUUCCAAGAUACUUGUUCAUUCCAAAACCUCGUGUUUAAGGAGUAAAUGUGAAAUUUAUCCAAUUUUUCACCAGAUGUCUGUUUUUUGUGGUUUUCUUUUAAAGUUUCUUUGAAAGACUUUGGUUGUAAAAUUUCUUGUUACUGUUAGAAGUUUUAAAAUGCACAUGCCAGUCGGUUUGGUUUGGAAGAUUUAAAAGAAUGAAUGUAAAUAUGUAAAUAGAUUGCUGAUACCUUCCUGAAACAGUGCACACAAAAUAAUGAUACAUUUUGGAGGAAACAGUGUUUGCUGGCAGUAUUUCAUAAAUACAAUUGCCGUACCUGUCAAAAUCAUUGUAGACCUGAACAUUCAGUUUGGGAUGCAAUGCAAGUUUUAGUGACAAUUUGGAUAACUUUGUCAAAUUGUUGUUUGCACAUCAAGAGGCAGGUGGUUAAUGUAAAUGUCAUCGUGUUCUGCACAGGAAACAGUGGAAUAAGGAAUGAGCCAUUUUAUUUCAGAUGGCAGGAUUCUUCAAAGCUGAUAUCAUUAUUUAUGUAGUCUUAACUUCCUGAUGGCCCCUCCAUGAAAAACUUUAUGGGUUAAGAUUCCCUUUAAAAAUCAAUAUUUAUGAAAUUUUACCACUCAUUAACUUGCAUGGAUGGAGACAAAUCUUAGUUGUAGUAAAUAAAACUUGCUUUUGCAAAGGCAACAUUUUCUUGGUUAAAUCAUUAUAAUUAAUUGAUAUUGAGAGGAAACAUGACACAAAACUUUGCAAAUAACAUUUCCAAUUGAUUAUUAAAUAGAUUGCAAAUUUUAGGCACAAAUUCCAUUUAAUAAUUGCCUUGCUGCUUGAACUUUUUACAUGAAGGAAUUUAAAAAAAGCUGGAAGGUUAUAUCCAGUCACAUGUGAUUUAAAAUCUGGCCAACCACACUUCCUGAUCUUGCUGUGUGAAUUUAUGCUGCGCAGUUGUUUGCUUUCAAAGUGAGUACUGAUCUUUCUUUCCAAACUUUAAAAAUGUGAAGUCUUAAAGUAGUUUUCUGGACAUGAGGAUGUAUUUGAAGUAACUUACUCAGGUUUUUUUUAAUAUUUUUAUAUCGGUGGUGGGGAACAGUAAUGUUUCUUCUAUGUUAAUUUAUAAUUUUAGUGAAACAUUGCAUUUUCAAAUGUUUUUCACUUGAAUAUUGCAACUGUUAAAGGUAAUGGAAGCUUGUAUUUUACUGUUUACUUUUGUUGUUUUCUGUGUUGCUUGCAAGGCCAGUAUUUAUUACCCGUCCCGAAUAGCACACGGUGAGCCACAUUCUUGUGUGUUUGCAGCCCUGAUGACAUUGAAACUCUUAAGCAUUGAUAGUCAAAAUUUAGAGCCAGUAAAAAUGAAGCAACAAAAAUGUUUUUUUUAAAGUCAGGAUGUUGUGUGACUUGGAAGAGAACUGGUAAAUAAUGAUGUUCCUGUGAGACUUGCCUGCCCUUCAUUGAAGUUAGAGAUAACAGACUUGAGAAAGGAAUAGCAUAAAUGAUUAACUGCUGCACACUUCAUGCACUGGCCCUUGAGGUGAAGUGUGAAAAGCAUAGAAAAAGGAUCUCUUAGUUUUUGCGUUUUACACAUAGAUUUUUCAUAAAAGUGAUUUAUCCCAUAUUAAAUGGGGAAUUCAGGUGAAAGAUUUGUAUGUACAAUUAAUUUUGAUACAUUGUGAGAUUGUUUUUAACCUCAGUCACACACCAAAUGAAUUCACAUUUGUCACAGGUUUUUCUUUGAGAUAAGGAAGUGGUUUGGCCAAUUGAGUGCAAGCCAGCAAUCAGAGCAUUAAUCCCAUUCUCCCAUAUAUUUUCCAGCAACCUUUGCUCGCACCCAUGCCCAUGUUAAUGUGUGAGUUAAUAUAUGAGGAAUAUUUGAUGGCUCUGGGCCUGUACUUGUUGUAGUUUAGAAGGAUGAGGAAGGACCUCAUUGAAACCUAAUAGACACUAAAAGGCCUGGAUAGAUUGUGAAUGUUUCCAAUAGUGGGGUAUUCUAGGACCAGAGGUCAUAGCCUCAGGAUAAAAGGACAUACCUUUAGAAAGGAGAUGAGUAGGAAUUUCUUUAGCCAGAGGGUGGUGAAUCUGUGGAAUUCAUUGCCACAGAUGGCUUUGGAGACCAACAAUGGUUAUUUUUAAGCUGAGAUUGACAGUUUCUUGAUUCGUAGGGGUGUCUGGGGUUAUGGGCCAAAGGCAGGAGAAUAGAAUUGAGAAGGAAAGAUAGAUCAGCCCGGAUUGAAUGGCAGAGUAGACUUGAUGGGCCAAAUGGUCUAAUUCUGCUCCUAGAAGGUAUGAACUUAUCAUUACAACCAAACCAUGCAAGAGUAAAACUCGUAGUGCAGAAAAUGAAAGAGAACAGAGUGCAGAACAUAGUGUUAGAGCUACAGAGAAAGUGCAGAUAAAAAGUGCAAGGGCUGCAACGAGGUAGAUUGGGAGAUCAGGAAUACAUCGGUAGCUUAUGAAGUCUGAUAACUGUGGGGGGGCGGGGACAGGGAAAGGGAUGGGACCUGUUGGCGAAUCUGGAGGUACUUGCUUUCAAGCUUUGUAUCUUCUGUCUUCUGGGACAGGGGAGAAGAGGCAUUGAUCACUAGCAUUCAGGUGCCACAGUAAAGCAAGGUGGCAUGCCUUAAUGACUACUGCUCGAUGGCUCUGACAUCUACCAUCACGUAAUGCUUUGGCAGAUUGAUCAGGGCGCAUAUCAUCUUCGACCUGAGACAAUCUUGGGAGGUCCACUGCAAUUUUCCUACUGCCAUAAGAGGUCCAUGGAUCUCUAUUUCCUUCUCAGGAGAUAAGACUAGCUACUAAUAUCCAUUACAAAAAAAACCUAAGUGCUGGAGAAACUCAGCAGGCCAGGCAGCAUCUCUGGAGAACAUGAAUAGGUGACGGUUCUGGUCAGAAUCCUUUUUUAAAUGGAUUGUGGUGGGUGUAGCGGGAGGGGGAGCUGGAAGAGAGGAGGGGCAGAACAAUCCAAGCGGUGGUAACUCGAUCCAGGUAGGAUCGUCUUUUUGAUAGGCCGAUGGUUGGACAUAGGCCAGAGAUGAAAAGACAAAAGAUGUAAAGGCGACCGGCGCCUACAGCUAUCAUGGUCACUUUGCCCAACCUGCCUCCUGUAAGGACUCUUCCAUUCUCUCAGUUCCUCUGUUUCCGUUGUAUUUGCUCGAAUUAUGAGUUUUUCCGACAGAUGCUAUGGAAAUGUCUUCCUUUUGCCUGAACUGUUGCUUCCUCUCUAUCGUCGUUAGCGAAGUUCUUGACAACGUCUCAAACACUUCCCAUGCCUCUGCUCUUGCACCCUCUCAUCUGGGAUAGAAUAAGCUGAGUUCUCUUGGUUGUCAUUUCCACCCCGCCAGCCACCACAUUCAACAGAUCACUCUCUGACAUACUAUAGAUGAGGCUCUCACCAUGGUCUCUUCUAUAUCCCGUGACUCUGCUCUCACUCCCAAUCCCCCCCACUCGUAACAAGGGCAGAGUCCCCCUUGUCCUCUCCUUCCACCCCACCGGCUAUCACAUACAACAAAUAAUCCUCCGACAUUUUCGCCACCUCCAACGUGAUCCCACCACUUGCCACAUCUUCCCAUCUCCUCCCCUGUCUGCUUUCCGCAGAGACCACUCCCCCCGUAACUCCAUGGUCAAUUCGUGCCUUCCCACCCGAUACAAACUGGCUAGUCAUUACAUGCAUCUGAAAAUGACCAGGGAUAAAUGCUGUAGAUGUCAGCUGCUCUACAUCGGUGAGACCAAGCGAUCGCUUCGUCGAACACCUCCGCGCGGUUCGCAAUAACCAACCUGAUCUCCUGGUGGCUUAGCACUUCAACUGCCCCUCCCAUUCCAAAUCCGACCUUUCUGUCCUGGGCCUCCUCCAUGGCCAGAGUGAGGACCACCGUAAAUUGGAGGAGCAGCAUCUCAUAUUUCGAUGGGUAGUUUGCACCUCAGCGGUAUGAACAUUGACCUCUAAUUUCAGAUAGUUCCCACUUUCUCCUCCCCUU